AUGAGUAACAUAAUGCAAAAAAUGAGAGCUUCUUUAGGAAAGAAAACACACAAGUGUUCAGAAUGUAAAAAAGACUUUUCUAAAAAAUCACAUUUAAUUCAGCACAUGAGAAUUCAUACACCAGAAAAAACAUUUCAGUGUUCAGAAUGUCUGAAAGACUUUUCACAUAAAUCAACUCUGAUACGACACAUGAGAAUUCAUACACAAGAAAAGCCUUAUCAGUGUUCAAAGUGUCCUAAAGAAUUUUCCCAAAAAUCAACUCUAGUUCGACACAUGAGAGUUCAUACACAAGAAAAACCAUAUCACUGUUCAAAGUGUCCUAAAGGCUUUUCACAGAAAUCAACUCUAAUGCAACACAUAAGAAUUCAUACACAAGAAAAGCCGUAUCAGUGUUCAGAGUGUUUAAAAGACUUUAAACAAAACUCGCAUCUAAUACGACACAUGAGUGUUCAUACACAAGAAAAACCAUACCAUUGUUCAGAGUGUCUGAAAAAGUUCUCACAAAACUCAUAUCUAAUAAAACACAUGAGUGUUCAUUCACAAGAAAAACCAUAUCAGUGUUCAGAAUGUCUAAAAGACUUUUCACAAAGCUCAAAUCUAAUAAAACACAUGAGAGUUCAUACACAAGAAAAACCAUAUCGAUGUUCAGAGUGUCUAAAAGACUUUUCACAAAACUCACAUCUAAUAGAACACAUGAGAGUUCACUCACAAGAAAAACCAUUUCAGUGUUCAGAGUGUCUAAAAGAAUUUUCACAAAACUCAAAUUUAAUAAAACACAUGAGAGUUCACUCACAAGAAAAACCAUUUUGGUGUUCAGAGUGUCUGAAAGGCUUUUCUCAAAAAUCAUCUCUAAUGAAACAUACGAGAAUUCAUACUCAAGAAAAACCAUACAAGUGUUCUGAGUGUCUUAAAGACUUUUCAGUUAGAUCAACUCUAAUACAGCACAUGAGAGUUCAUACACAAGAAAAACCUUAUCACUGUGCAGAAUGUCUAAAAGAUUUUUCACAAAAAACACAUCUGAUUAAACACAUGAGAAUUCAUACACAAGAGAAACCAUAUCAGUGUUCUGAAUGCCUAAAAGGGUUUUCACAAAAAUCAUAUCUAAUUCAACACAUGAGAGUUCAUACAAAAGAAAAACCAUACAAGUGUUCAAAGUGUUUAAAAGAUUUUUCAAGAAAGUCACACCUAAUACGACACAUGAGUGUUCAUGGUUAAUGAAAUAUAUGUGUUUAGAAUGCCUAAAAAACUUGUCUUUCAAAAUUCAUUCCUUACGUAAUUCAGCAUCUCAAGCAUUCACUCACAAGAAAAAUCAUGUCAGUUUUCUGAGUGUCAAAAAACUUUUCAGUUAGAUCAAAUCUGAUACAUUUCAUUCAGUCGAAAAAUCUCCUACAAGGAAGGUUGUUUUGAUGCUGGCUUUGUGCUCUCUCAACAUUCACCCUCCUUCUUCAGGGAUGCGUCUCCUUUGCGAUUUUCAGCUCCUAGGCAGAAGGAAAAUUUAUUGUUAUCCUUCCCAUUCCAUUCUUGUCUUCGGUGACCUCUUCAAGGAAAGGGGGGGGGGCUCCUUGGCAUGGUGAACAGGCUUUUGGCUUGAGGAAUUAGACCUUUUGGUCUCCUUCCUCAGACUGAACCUCAUUACCCCCAAUCCCCCUUCCCUAUCCCCUUCCAGUUUUCAGCCUUUGGGAUUCUCCCCAUAGGCAUUCUGGUAGGGGAAAGGGUACUAUGGUCCAUCCAAUUCUGUUGAGGUCCUUGGCGGUAGUGUAGUUUGUCAUGGAAUUUGGAUCACCUGGGGAUGUCCCAAUCCCCCUCUGGUCUCCAGGGGGGGGGGGGUGGCAUUAGGUAUCUUUUGGGCAACAAGUGUAUCUCUGGAGGCUGCCUUUCGGAUUCUGGGGGUAGUGGCCAAAGGAGGUAUGCUCUGUGGCAGGUGUCUGGCCACUCUCUCUUUUGUCCACCAAGGCAGCUCUGUGGAUGUGAGGUUGCUAUCCCAGGAGUGCUGAUUUACUGGCAUGAAGGGUAGCAUAUGGCAUGGGUUCCAUGCUGCAUCUGCACUACUUGCAGUGCUGAGGUCUUCUUGGGCACAGAGGGGGAUUUACGGCCCUUUCUUUCCUCCUAGGAGCUAUUCCUCCACGUUCCCUCUUUUUUUUUUUCUAAAAAACAAAAAGAAAGAAGUGACAUAACCAUGGAGUCCCCAAACCAUGAACCUGCUCCCAUUGGGCCCUUUCCUGAUACUGCACCCUCUUCUGACCUUUCCUCAUUAUUUGUCCACUCUUCCGACAUUUCUCAUGCCCCUGUACCUCUUGCUGGUGCCAUUUCGUCACCCGCUCCAGAUACCGGGGCUCCACCUGAGUCCUUUGAUUCAACUGACCACCACACUUCUUUGACCAUACUUCUGGCUUCUCCCUGUAUGGGGCAGCAAUUUUUGGAUCGCCUGCCUGUCCCACGUUGGGACUCCUCCAGUCCCACACUUAAAUGCCCAAGACCAUUACCCGAUGAUACUCCUUUGCUUCCUUCUCAUUCUACCCAGAAAAGACAGGCACACCAUUCCUUUCCCUUACACUCUAUGUGCAUGCAUCAUCACGAUCCAGAAUGCUAACCAAGCUCAUGAUCUUUUUUCUCCUUACAACCAUAGAUCCUAUUUAUAUAACUAUUGAAAAAUAUCAUUCUCUCAAUUUUUGUAGUGGUUCUCACUGCACACACCUCUACUUGUUUUACCACUUUUCUUGAUCUAAAAUCUGCAUUUGAUAUUGCAAACAGAACCGUUAUACUACAUGAACUAGCCAAAAUAAAUAUUGGUGGUAGCUUACUCUGCUGGAUAAUAGGAUACCUGUCAAAUAGAGUAUCCUCUGUCCUUUACCAAGGCUUCAGAAGUGAUUCUAAAGAAAUGUCUUUAGGUACACCGCAGGGAGGAGUUUUUAGUCCCAUGCUAUUUAAUAUUCUGAUUAAUGCUCUCCUAAAUGCUCUACCUGCCUCACCUAAACAUAUAGCUAUAAGCUAUGCUGAUGAUAUCAUGAUCCAUACAACAGGGCAUAAGAAGAUGAAUACCAUUCUUAAUGAAGUUCAAGCAAUUUGUAAUCGACUAGGCCUCAUAAUAUCUUCCUCUAAAACAAAGAUAUUAACAAGCAAACGACAUCCCCCACCCAUCUAUUUGCAGGGUGAAAUCAUUAGCUACGUUAAAACUUACAGAUAUCUUGGUGUAGAUGUACCCUUUAAACAAAUCCACUAUACCACAACUAAACAAGAAAUGUAAAGCUAGGCUAAAUGCUCUCAAAGCUGUUGCUGACUACAAUCCCAACUAUGGUACUAAUGUGAGAAUCGUGAGAAUGAUGUACAUAGCCUAUGUUAGGUCCUUAAUUGAUUAUGCUGCUCCCAUGUUGAUAUUAGCUAGAGAAAGUUCCCUCCGACCCUUGGAGUUAAUGCAAAAUGAAGCUCUCAGGACUAUUCUUGGCUGUCCCAGAUCUACAAAAGUUCUUAACAUGAGGAAGGAGCUUGGUAUUUCUAGUAUCAGUGAUAGGAU